AUGGAGGGAGAGGCAGAGGCAGAGCAAGAGCAAGAGCAAGAGCAAGAGCAAGAGCAAGAGCAAGAGCAAGAGCAAGGUCGAAGAGACCAUGCACGGACCCCUAUUUCUGAUGAUAUAAGAGCAACUUUGGUGGACCAUGUCAUCAACCAUGGCCUGACUAUGAGGGAAGCUGGGCAGAGAGUCCACCCACAUCUAAGCCGCUUCACAGUGGCAUCUGUAAUAAGAACAUUCCGACUAGAAAACCGCAUGACUAGAAGACCUUCUGGGGGAGGACGCCAACGCCUGUUCACACAACAGCAGGAACUUGCCGUUGUGGACCUAGUGAGGGCAGACAAUGCCAUCCGUCUCCACCAGCUACGACAGAAAAUACUUGCAGACAGCCAAGUGUUCAACAACAUAAACCAUGUGAGCAUCAGCACCAUCAGACGCAUCUUGGGAAAACACAACAUCACCAUGAAGCAGCUCUACAGGGUCCCAUUUGAGAGGAACAGCGUCAGGGUCAAAGGACUUCGAGCUGAAUAUGUACGGAGAAUCUUGGCCAUGGAUGGAGCUGCACAGCCUCAUGAAUUCAUUUUCAUUGAUGAAGCUGGAUUUGACCUGAGCAAAACAAGACGACGGGGUCGGUACAUCGCAGCCACCACACUUGGCACGAAUUACGUCCUGCUCCUUAUAUGGGUAGCUAGCAUUGAAGUCGGUCCCCUCAGACGUCUUCACCUGAGGGCACAGCUGAAUGAUCCAGACCUGUUGACUUCAUUGGGUUUUCAAGUGGGCACCUCACCUCACCAGUGUUUCGUCAACUAG